CGCCAUUGAUCCACAGAUCAAGCUCUGGAGUUCUUCCGAUGCGUUUCAUUGUUGGAACAGCCUUCAAAUUGCCUCGGAAACCAUCAAAAUCAAAUCUUUCCUUCUUUUCUUCUGCUCAGAACUCUGAAAGAUCCAACCUGGCGUUGGAGAUUGAAGGUUGUAGAGUCAUCAAGGAAGGGGAAGCUCAGGUCCUCUUGGAUGACAGUAAUGGCGUUUUCUGCAACAAGGCUCAGGUUAACAACAGAGACAUGUCUAUUGCUGUUUUGCGGACAUUUAUUGCCAAACGCAAGGAAGAACAUGCUUCAAAGUUCUGUAGGGAGAAUGUAAAUGAUCCACUUAAGAGCCAUCAAGAACUUAAAGAACCAAUGGUUCUUGAGGCUUUGGCUGCUUCGGGAUUAAGAGCGAUACGUUAUGCCCAAGAAGUAGAAGGCAUAAGCCAAGUCAUUGCUCUAGAUAGCGAUAAAGCUUCUGUUGAUGCUUGCAAGAGGAACAUACAAUUUAAUGGCUCUGUAGCAAGUUCAAAAGUGGAAGUUCAUCUUGUGGAUGCUCGAGUUCACAUGUUAACCCACCCAAAAGAAUUUGAUGUUGUGGAUAUUGAUCCGUACGGAUCACCUUCCAUAUUCUUGGAUUCGGCAGUUCAAUCAGUAGCCGACGGGGGCAUGCUAAUGUGCACAGCUACCGACAUGGCGGUGCUCUGUGGGGAUGACCGGGAAGUUUGUUAUUCCAAGUAUGGUUCAUACCCUCUGAAAGGAAAAUACUGCCAUGAAAUGGCUUUGAGAAUCCUUCUCGCAUCAAUUGAGAGUCAUGCAAAUCGAUAUAAGCGUCACAUUGUUCCUGUCCUCUCUGUAUAUAUGGAUUUCUAUAUCCGGGUCUUUGUACGCAUUUUCACGUCUGGAAGUGCCAUGAAGGAGACUCCUCUUAAACUCUCAUAUGUCUACCAAUGUGUUGGUUGUGAUUCAUUCCAUCUGCAGUGUCUCGGCAGAACUUUUACGAAGAACAAUAAUGUGAGAUAUGCUCCUGCAUUCGGGUCCUCUUUGUCGACAAAAGAGUGCGGUGAUUGUGGAAGGAAAUUCACCAUUGGUGGGCCAAUAUGGUCCGCUCCAAUCCAUAACCAUGAUUGGGUUGUUUCCACAUUAUCAGAUGUUAUAGCAAUGAAGAAUAGAUAUCCUGCGUAUGAUAGAAUCUCUGCUGUACUAACAACAAUCUCCGAGUACAAUGAAUUGCCAGAUGCCGCUCUUUUCCUCAACCUCCACAACUUGUCUGCAACAGUCAAGUGUGUCCCCUCGGCACUCAUGUUCCGCUCUGCAGUGAUCAACGCUGGGUAUCACAUCUCUGGCACCCACAUUACUCCGCUCGGGCUUAAAUCAGACGCGCCCAUGAGUGUCAUUUGGGACAUCAUGCGUUGUUGGGUUAAAACACGGAAAGUAAAAGAUCAACCAUCAGAUCAACCUGGCGCAGCUAUCCUUGCAAAGGAACCAACUCUGCAAGUGAAUUUUAAAAAAGCCGUCGGAGCUGUUAGCAAAGCACAAGCUAACAACAUUGCGAGGUUUCUUCCAAAACCCGAAAAAAAUUGGGGGCCUAAGAUCAGGGCAGGAAGGCGGAUUAUCGCUACGAAGCAUGCUUCGAUCUUGGGCUGCAAAAACAUCGUUACCGAUGAUACGGGUUCAUGAAAAAUUUAGGGUGAUGAAUUGAAGUUGUGGGUCUCCAAUUUUUGCUUGUACACAGUCUGCAUGCAUGUAAUUAACUCGGAAAUUAACCUGCAAAUUUUGAAAGUACAUAAUUGCAUUCCUCUCUGUAUUGUAUGUUUUA